GUUGGUGCGCUCUUCCCCACUUUCAUUGCCUCAGACCUGCACCUUGGAACAGAGCGAGCUCGAUUACCAAUUCAACCUCCAGACCAACAUACACUCUGCGCCUCGCCAGCUUGCGUCAGUCAAUGUGACGGUGCAGUUGCGAGGAUUAUUCAUUGUUCUCCAUCAAAGCCGACCUCAGCGUUAACGGCACUCGGGCAAUGUGAGCCGGCUCUACGCAACGCCUCCUCGCUAUCGGCAGCGCCACAGGGAAGGCCUAUCAACCACAACUGACUCUCGUUGCACCGACACAAAGUCUCCCUUGUAGGGGGUGGUAGCGGCAACAGCGACCACCAAUACGACUGUUCCUUGACCCAUCCAGAUAAACCUAUGCAGCGACAAUAGCGCCUCUAGCCGGCGUGCGAGCGGCAUACGAUCACUAGCAUUGUCGCAUAGCGGAGCGGACAUUGGCUCCGCUGCAUGCGACGCUGGCAAUGACAGCUCUUGCAGCCAAACGUAACAACUCCACCGCCACCAGCAACAUGCCCGCCGGCGAAGGCAAGCGCACCUUCUCCGGACUAAGCCUCAACGCGAACGCCAAGGUCAACUCAUCCGCAGGCCAGAAGAUCAAGAACUUCUUCCGCAUCAACAGCAAGAACGACGGCUCUCAAACCGGCUCCGAGACAGGCUCACAGAAGGAUGGCCUCGCUCCGACUUCAGAACCAGCAGCCGGUACACGCACGCCUUCAUCCCAGCACACGAAGAGCAGUCUCCGCAACAGUCGCUUCAUUCCACAUCUCGGCCGGCAAAGAAGCACCACGGUAGCGUCAGAAGGCAACCCGCUUGAUGAUGGCAUGAGCCCAACAGCACAUGUCAACCCGUACUUCCAACAUCAAGGCCCGCCGGCAAUACGACACCACAAUGACACUAGCGUCCCGCCUUCACCCCCGGACACUCCUCAGACGCCGAAGAAGGGUGCAGACAAGGACGCAGUUGCGGCAGGGAAGGAGGAGUUGGCCAGGAAGCUGCGAAGGGUAGCCAGCGCGCCCAACGCGCAAGGUCUCUUCAGCAGCAAGAACAAGUCCGACAGCCGGCCUCAAACAGCGGAAACGAAGAACUCGCCGAAGCUGAACGGUUUGGCAGCGCAUCAUAGCAAUGCGAGUACGCUGAGUAUGGUCGAGACCGUACCGCAGGAUAAUGUCGAGAACCUACUACCCGUGCCCGGCAUCAAUGGCGCCAUCAGUCCUGGGAAGUUGAGGAAUAGUAUUGCUUUUCGACGGACCUACAGCAGUAAUAGCAUCAAGGUGCGAAAUGUGGAGGUGGGACCGGGCAGUUUCGACAAGAUCAAGUUAAUCGGGAAGGGUGAUGUGGGGAAGGUGUAUUUAGUACGGGAAAAGAAGAGUUCGAGGCUGUAUGCCAUGAAAGUGCUGUCGAAGAAAGAGAUGAUCAAGCGCAACAAGAUCAAGCGGGCGCUGGCUGAGCAGGAGAUUCUGGCCACGUCGAAUCACCCGUUCAUCGUCACGCUUUACCACAGCUUCCAAUCUGAGGACCAUCUGUACCUGUGUAUGGAGUAUUGCAGUGGAGGCGAGUUCUUCCGCGCACUGCAGACGAGACCGAACAAGUGUGUGGACGAGGACGCGGCGCGGUUCUAUGCUGCCGAGGUGACGGCGGCGCUGGAGUACUUGCACUUGAUGGGCUUCAUUUACCGAGAUCUCAAGCCUGAAAACAUCCUCCUUCACCAAUCCGGCCACAUCAUGCUCUCCGACUUCGACCUCUCCAAACAAUCCGAUCCCGGCGGCGCGCCCGCCAUGAUCCUCGCCAGCGGCAACGGCAGCACCUCCUCCGGCCGUGGCGGCUUCGGCAUCUCCUCCAACCCACACCCUACAAACUUACCCACCAUCGACACCAAGUCCUGCAUCGCGCCCAACUUCCGCACCAACAGUUUCGUCGGCACGGAGGAGUACAUCGCUCCUGAAGUGAUUAAGGGUUGCGGACAUACGAGCGCGGUGGAUUGGUGGACGCUGGGGAUCUUAAUAUAUGAGAUGUUGUUCGGUACGACGCCGUUCAAGGGCAAGAACCGGAAUGCGACUUUUGCGAACAUCUUGAGGGAUGAGGUGCCGUUUCCCGAGGGUAGUGGGGGACCACAAGUUAGCAACCUUUGCAAGUCUCUCAUCCGCAAACUCCUCAUCAAAGACGAACUGCGCCGUCUCGGCUCUCGCGCGGGCGCCUCAGACGUCAAAGCCCACCCCUUCUUCCGGACGACCUCAUGGGCGUUAUUGCGGCAUAUGAAGCCGCCCAUCAUCCCCAACGCGGGCCGCGGCAUCGACACCGUCAAUUUCCGAAACGUAAAGGAAAGCCAGAGCGUUGAUCUGGGAAGUGGCGAGGGGUUGAAGAAUGGUGCGGUCAAGGCAGGCGGUCCAGGGUUUGUGAACCUGCCGGCAAGCAAGAUGAAGGGUGUGCCGCUCGAUAGUGGAUUGGCUACGCCGGGGGGCGAGAUUGCGGAUCCGUUUGAGGAGUUCAAUAGUGUCACGUUGCAUCAUGAUGGGGAUGACAUUGUGGAGGGCGAGGCGGAGGGGGGGCGAUAGGGUGCCUAUGCUUAUGUUGAGCGCAGUAUGGUAAUGGAGGACGUUGAAACGCUUGUUCCACCAACGAAAGGUGGGACACGGAGGGGAAGGAUGAGGCGCGUGGCGGAACAACGUUCCCUGAACGAGACGUGCGCGCGGCGCAUCCGUGGGGGUUACAAUGGUUGAUUGUGCAUGGCGAUGGAGGUGGGAGGCGCACACUUGGGCUUUCGAGACGUGAAAGGGAGGUCUUUCACUGCUGAGAACGAGCGAAAAAGGCGUCCUUUACUGGAGUGAGGGAAGGUGUUGAUAGGAUGCAAGGCAGAGGAGUCAUCGAUCCCAAAUUGCUUCAUUGUUCGCUCUCCC